UGCAGUUGCUGCAGUGCCCAGUGAAACACAUGCAGAGGGCUCUGAAUAACAUUUAAGAAAAGGGGGAAUCAAAAAAUUCCUGACAGGCUGUUACUCUGCUUCAAGGACGUGCAAGGGCUUCUGGUGUUCUUUGAUGCUCAAGGUGAGCACUGACAUACAGCAGGGAAUCAGCAGCAAGCUCUGUGCCAGAAAUUCUCUCGCAGUUUGCCGGCAGUGGCACGGUGUGUGUGAUCUUCAGGAUGAGAUGGUCAAUCAGUCCUGCCUUGGUGCUUUCAGUCACAAGCUGGCUAACAGACUGGGCUGGUGUCCAAGGCGCCAAAGGGAACUUCGGGCCAGUAUUUGUAGAGCAGCCAAAAAACACUUUGUAUCCUGAAGGAUCAGCUGAAGGGCAAGUGAAGUUGAACUGUCACGUGCGUGCCAGCCCACCCGCUACAUACAGGUGGAAGGUGAAUGGGACAGAAAUUAACAUCGAAGGAGAUAAACGUUACAGCUUGGUUGGAGGAAAUCUAGUGAUCAGUAACCCAACACGGUCCAAAGAUCCUGGAUCCUAUCAGUGUCUGGCAACAAACAAAAUUGGGACAGUCAUCAGCAAAGAAGCCUUCCUGCGCUUCGGUUAUCUUUCACAGUUUUCAACAGAGGAGCGGGAUCUGAUAAAGGUACCAGAAGGGGUAGGGGUGGUCCUGCCUUGUAAUCCACCCCCACAUUAUCCAGGUCCUGCAUAUCGUUGGUUUAUCGAUGAUAUCCCAAACUUCAUUACACCGGAUGACCGCCACUUCAUCUCACAAGUGACAGGGAACCUCUACAUCGCUAAAGCAAAGGCUUCAGAUACAGGGGCUCAUUCCUGUUAUCUCACCAGCCACAUUGACUACACUACAACCAGCGUUUUCAGCAAGUCCAUUCCUUUGGCUGUACAAUCUGUGGGUGAUGCUCGAACUCACUCUCCACACAUUCGAGUAAAAUUUCCCUCAGAAACCUAUGCCCUGGCUGGACAAUCCCUGAACCUGGAGUGCUUUGCCCUUGGAAAUCCUGUGCCCACCAUUAAAUGGAAGAAGCUGGAUGGACCAAUGCCCUCAAAAAUUUUGAAAUCUGUAAACAAGCCCAUCCUCCACAUACCCGAUGUACAGUUUGAGGAUGAAGGUGUAUAUGAAUGUGAGGCAGAAAACUCAAAAGGAAAGGACUCAACACAGGGGAGAAUCAUUGUUCAUGCUCAGCCAGACUGGCUACAAAUUAUCAGCGACACCGAGGCUGACAUCGGUUCCGUCCUGUGGUGGAAGUGUGCGGCUGCCGGAAAGCCUCGGCCUACCUGCAGGUGGCUGAGAAAUGGCUUGCCUUUAACCUCUAAGAGCCGCUUUGAAGUCAAUAAUUGCGCAUUGAAAAUUUCAAGACUGGCUCUGAACGAUUCUGGAAUGUACCAGUGCGUCGCUGAGAACAAACAUGGAACCAUUUACGCCAAUGCAGAGUUGAAAGUAGAAGCCUUCGGUCCGGAUUUUCAAACAAACCCAGUGAGGAGGCUGAUUCCAGCGGCCCGUGGAGGGGAGGUGCUGAUCGAGUGCAAACCGCGGUCUGCGCCCAAACCAAGCAUCCUUUGGAGCAAAGGAACAGAAAUUCUCUCCAACAACAGCAGAGUGACCAUAACCCCAGAUGGCACCUUGAGGAUUCAGAACAUAAGCCGAACAGAUGAAGGGAAGUACACCUGUUUUGCGGAGAAUCUUCUGGGAAAAGCUAACAGCACAGGCACCAUAUCAGUCAGAGAUGCCACUAAAAUCACUCUGGCUCCAUCCAAUGCUGACAUCAACCUCGGAGAAGAGAUUAUUCUGCAGUGCCAUGCAAGCCACGAUCCCACCAUGGACCUCACAUUCACCUGGUCAGUGAACGACUCACCUAUCGACUUUGACAUAUCGCGGGAGCACUACCAACGUGUUUCCACGCGGGAAACUAUUGGAGACCUCAAGAUAACCAACGCGCAGUUGAAACACUCUGGGAGAUACACAUGCACUGCCCAGACUGUGGUGGACAGUGCCUCUGCAUCUGCAAUGCUGGUGGUGAGAGGUCCACCAGGUCCUCCAGGAGGUGUUGUGGUGAAGGAAAUCAAUGACACUUCAGUGUUGCUAAGCUGGAGCAGAGGCUACGACAACCAUAGCCCAAUCGGCAGGUACAUGAUACAAGCCAGGACACCGCUGUCUGAGGAGUGGAAGAGUGUCAGGACAGCUCCACAGCACAUAGAAGGCAACCUGGAGACAGCCUGGGUAAUCAACCUCGUCCCAUGGAUGGAUUAUGAAUUCCGAGUCAUAGCCAACAACAUCUUGGGGACAGGUGAACCCAGCCUGCCCUCACAGACUAUACGCACCAAAGAAGCAGCUCCCACUGUGGCUCCGUCGAAUAUUAGUGGGGGAGGUGGAGAUCAGCAUGAGGUCACAAUACUGUGGGCGCCCAUGCCACGCGAGUACCAGAACGGUGAAGGCUUUGGUUACAUCAUCACCUUUCGAAAGGAGGGAACAAAAGAGUGGAGGAACGCCAAAGUCCUGGGUGCAGAAUCUUCCCGAUACGUUUACCAGAAUGAUACCAUUGCGCCCUACAGUCGAUUUGAGGUGAAGGUGAAGGCCUUCAACAACAAGGGUCAGGGUCCAUACAGCCAGAUCACAAUCGUCUACUCUGCAGAAGAAGAGCCCAGCGUUGCCCCUUCUGAGGUCACAGCCAACAGCCUCUCCUCCUCUGAAAUCGAGGUGAGCUGGAAGCCAGUCGGUCAGGUCACGAUGAACGGCAUACUGCUGGGUUACGAGAUCAGGUAUUGGAGAGAGAAUGAUAAGGAGGAAUCGGCGGAUCGAGUGCGGACCCCGGGGCUAGAAACCUCAGCCCGGGUCAGCGGCCUGAAGCCCAGCACUCUAUACCACGUGGAGGUCAGGGCCUACAACAGUGCAGGGAGUGGGCCAUCCAGCCCCUCUACCACCGUUGUCACCAGGAAAGCACCUCCAAACCGGCCACCAAGUAAAAUCACCUGGAAGGCACACGGCUCCUGGGUCAGAAUCAAAUGGGACCACGUCAAGGCAUUUGAGAAUGAAUCUACUGUGGAAGGAUACAAGGUGUUGUACAAGCCUGAAGAUGAAUCGGCUAUCAAAGUUACAGAAACCAGCAAAAACUCUGUGCAGCUGCCGUUUUCUGAGGACUUGAGCUACCUGGUGGUGAUCCGUGCCUCGGGAGAGGGAGGGGAUGGAGCAGCCGCUAAAAUCAGGAUAUCCAAAAGCUCAGGUACCAGCAUGAUGGUAAAUGACUCAGGGGUGCAAGUCCUCCACAACGCUCUCUUCACUGCCAUACUAACAUUUACUGCCAUUGGCUGCCUGGAACUCUGAUUGCAACCACUCACCUGAACCGUCGCUGCACGCCAUUUUUCAACAAAGGAUGAGUCAUCCAACACCAAACUGUUUAUAGUAUUAAAAAAAACCUGACAUUUGUCUUACGAUUUUAGGUAGAAAAUUUCAUACAUUUGUUGACUGGGGUAAGAAACAUUAAAAAAAAUUUUGUAAAGAAAUAAUCUGGGAAACAUCAACAAUAAGAUUUCAUAAUCCAUUUGAUUUGGAGGUUGUAACCUGGGGAGUUAAAUUGGACGAUAAAAUAUCAGAGAUUGAGCUGUAUAAAACACUCUUUUUAUAUGCACAGUGUUGUACAUUUGUAGAUACAAUGCCCAAUCCAGACAGGAGAUUUUGGCUGCAGGGUUUCCAAGGUCCAAGAAGGUAUUGUGAUGUACCAGCUUCUCUGUGGAACAUGUCCCAUUUGCGCAAUUUCACAUCUCACUUCUUUUGGUUUUGGGUUUUGGCUCUUGGAUCUUGAAAGUUCCUGAAUUUCUCUUCCUAUUCACUUGACCAAUGAAUCUAGCCAAAUGACAACUCCUUCCAAACUAACCCCAACCCACUACAGUGACCCCUUCCAACAUCAGAACCACUGUUACACGAGCUUUCCUUCUGAACACAUUGCGAUACGACCCAUGGUUGUCAUGGUGACUCUCAAUGGAAGACACACGUGGGUGAACAGGUUUGGCCUCUGACUGCGCAUUUUCUGUGGGUUGGUCCACACUCGCAGUUCACUGAGGCCAGUUCUAGAAGGUGUCUGUGGUUCCCACCAGGGUUAACAAUAUGAGUGUGGGCAAAGUUAGGUGAGGUUUACUAGGUUUAACUGAUGCAGCUAGUGGGAGUUAAGGUACAGAUCUAAUUGAUCAGGGGAAAACGUGGGGCUGAAUGCCCUACUCCUGCUCCUAGAUAACUUUCAAUGGCCUGAGAUAUCAUAAAGUCUAACCCAAGAAUUUGAGAUGGAGACAUCACAGAACUCACUACGUUAUUUAAUCAGAUGCCCUUAGAAAUCACCUGCCCUUCAUUGUCAAUUCAAGGUCAUUGUGACCAUUACCUUUUGAGCCCCCAAAGAGCCUUUUCUGUGUGGACAAACAAUGUUGGGAGAUUAUUCUGAUUACUUAAAAAAUAAGAGAAAAACUGAGCAUGUAUAGUUUGCAAAUGAGUAAUCCAAAUGCUGGACAAGAAACGUCAGCUCAGAUGAACCGUAACCUAACAGAACAAUGCUGAUUUGAUCUUGUUAGCCACUCCCAUCACGAAGAGAUGUUAUUGUCAUUGUAGAUUAUGGGGUUGCCAGGAUCGUGACAUCUUCUGAUGUCCUUGGUACCACCUUAUGUCAAAAUGGAAGGCGGGUUGACAACCAAUCAGAAGUUGAAUUCAAGAUGAGAAGUAAUACAGCAACAAUCAUAAGCUUGCUAAUGCAGUGAAACAGCGAUCAGCUUUUGUUAAGCCUUGUAGUUUGUUGGCUAGUGGUGCCAGUUUGGCUCCAUAUGUGAAGCUGUGAAUGACCACUGGGGUAGAAUAGGGUGGGGUAGAGUAGGAUUGGGUAGGGUAAGGUAGUAAAGAGGAUGGUGAUUGGUUUGUGAGGAUGGAAGGACAUAGUAGAUGAAACAAGUUUAACCUUUAGUAAGAGAGGUGUGAGAAUAGAGGCUUAUAGCACUUAGGUGGGGUUGAUUAUUGGCUUGCACAGGAUGAGGUCACAGUUAAACUUCUUCCUUGAUGGGGAGGAGACUAAUAUGUUUAAUUUAUUUAAUUUAAUUAUUUGGUUUAACUGGAGGCAUAGAGGCCAAGUGCUUUGACUGUUGGCUCAAUGUUUGAAAAUCAUGCACAUGUCCUAAUCCAGGGACUCGCUUCCUCUGCAAGGGUAUGCGAGUUUAAUUCCCAGGAGAUUAAGCUGAACCUGAGUCUCAGAAGUGGGAUGUACUGGUGGGUUGGUGGGGGCAGUGUUGGCAGUCUCCAAAAGGGCAGUUUUGUGAGGCCUGUGCAGUGGAAGGGAGAUGGAGACUGUUGGGUGUGUGCCAUUCAAAAUGUCACCACGUCCCUGCUGAGAGAUGAAGACUGGCUGAAUACUGGCCUACACUAUUGUAAAAUGCUGACAUUCACAACCGCAGUCAGUGAGCAGACCCGUUGAUAAUAGCUUGGAGGUCCUAGAAAGUCUGUUGUCAGCCACUCACUGCUUAAUUCUCAUCACAUCUUUCCAUACGUGCUGGAUGCAAAUUUACAGAUACCUUCCAUAUCAGGAGGGAUUACACAUUGAGAGUUUUGUGCAAAGGGAUGAGUGAAGCAGCAGUGACCAGAAGUUUACAAACUGCCCUCUGUGCCUCAUUCUCUAAACCUCAUUCUAUCUCAAGUGAGAUUCCCAAAUCCUGAACUUUUUACUGUUAGUUUCCUGAAUUCCAUCAAGUCUGGUUAACAGUUCAGCAUAGUAGAAUAUGGGAUGGACAUUUACAAUGGUGUGGCCAAGUACCAAAGGCCUCUGCCUAUAACACUAUUGUUGUCAAAGACAAAAGCUUCAACCUGGAUAUAGCAGGGCAGAGGAACAUGUUGAAUUGAGUUGUACUGGGUUAUGGAAAGAGCAGCGAAGAAAGUUAGUCUUUGUUUGGUCAUGCUAAACAUGUGUAAAGGUAUCAGCCACUGGUCGUACUCAACACACAUUUAGUUCCAAUAACUUCAUCUCAUCUGAAUAUGCAUGAUGGGUAUUGCAAGUGACUAGUAUUCCCACAUAUACUUAGUACCUUCCCAGACCUCUUUCAUUAUUGUAAUAGACAUACUAUGUGAGGCUAAACCUGAAACAAAUUCUCUCUGUGAUCCAAAGGAUGAAGACACUGACAAUUUUUUAUUGGGCCAUGAAGCACAGAAAGCUCAGCCCCCAACUCUCUGUACAGUUAGUAAAUUUCACCAGGUGACCGAGAGCAUGCGUAGGCAUCACCAAGUCUGGGGAGAAGUUAAGUAGGAUUCUUAUUCUGGGUCAUUAAUUGAUUGCUGAAAAAUGUAGAAAGAGAGAAUUAAAGCUGGCAGUUAUGUGCCUGACAUUUGCAUAGCUUCCCAGCACUCUCAGUUGAAGCUGAUUCAGAUGUAGGGAUAUGGUGCCAACGGGUUUCCAACCCUAUGGCCUCCCCUGUGAGUUAGGGUCUUGGGGGAGCAGGGGAAGAAUUAGGAAAGAAGUGUAAUUGUUCCUCAUGUCCCAUAAGCAAUGCAUCCCUAUGAGGUGUAAAUAGGCAAAAUUGGUUUACUUGAAUUAGGAGUAGAUGUUUUUGAAUUGGUGGCGAAGGAUCAUUCAAUACUAACAACUGUGAUUUCCAAUCACACCCACCAUGGGACCUACAGUAAAUAUUUUUUCCAGACAUAAAGCAUUUGUCAAUUCUGUUCCCUCAAGCAAUAUAGUGCUCUAAAUUGCACAUGUCGAUGCUUUUAGAAGAUCCACAGAACAUGGAUGAUUAUUGGCAAGAGCUGCAUUUAUUGCCCAUAAAAUUGGUAAAUUGGUUUAUUAUUGUCACAUGUACCGAGGUACAGUGAAAAACUUGUCUUGGGUACCGUUCAUACAGAUCAAUUCAUUACACAGUGCAUUGAAGUAGUACAAGAUAAAACAAUAACAGAGUGCAGAAUAAAGUGUUAGUUACAGAGAAAGUGCAGGUAGACAAUAAGGUGCAAAGUCCUAAUGAGGUAGAUUGUGAGGUCAAGAGUCCACCUUAUUGUACUAGGGAAUCAUUCAAUAGUCUUAUAACAGUGGGAUAGAAACAGUCCUUGAGCCAUGUUUUCAGGCUUUUGUAUCUUCUACCUGAUGAGUGAGGUGGGCGGAGUCUUUGAUUGCCUGUUCCUCAUAUGGAGGUGAUGAGUCAUUUUAUGCAGUCCACUUGUGAGGGUAUUCCCACAGUUCUGAUGGUUAAAGAGCAACAUACGAAGCACAGCUAUUUAAAUGCUGCAGAGAGAGUUUGAUACAACAGCAAGAACUAGCAUUUCAACAGAACUUUAAUAUGCCAAAUCAUGCAUCUCUCUUCACACAAACACUACCAAACAAAAUUUGGCAGCUAGCCACGUGAGAAGUGAGAAUAAAUAGGCAAAUGUUUAGGAAACAUUUUAAGGAAGGAUAGAGUGGUAGAGAAGUGAGGGAGGGAAUUCUGCAGCUUAGGGCCCUGACAGCUAGAAAUUUGCUGGGGACAGGAUUGGAGGCCUCAGGCUGAAGGCCUUCUAUUGAUUAACCUAGUUGGAGCAUCAAAUACAAGAGCAGGGAGGUUAUACUCUAAUUCUGUAAACCAUUGGUCAGACCUCAGCUAGACUACUGCGUGCAGUUCUGGUCACCACUGUAUAAGAAAGGUGUGAAGCUGCUGGAGAGAGUGCAGAGGGGAUUCAACAGGAUAUCACUGGGAUGGAAUGUUGCAGUUAUGAGGAGAGACUGGAGAGGCUAGGUCUGUUUUCCCUGGAGCGGAGGAGGUUAAGAGAGAACAUGACUGAGGUAUAUAAAGUUAUGAGGGGUAUAGCCAGUGUAGAUUGCAGGAAACUUUUCCCCAUCUCGAAGGUAAAUAAAACCAGAGUACAUAGAUUUAGGGUAAGAUGUAAGAGAUUUAGAGGGGAUCUGAUGAGGAUUUUUUUACCCAGAGAGUGGUGAGUACCUGGAAUACUGGUGGAAGCAGAGUCGCUGACAACAUUUAAGAAGUGUCUAGAUAAGCACUUGAAUUGUCCAGGCAUAGAGGGCUAUGACCAAAUGCUGGAAGAUGGGAUUAAUACAAUGAGUAUUGACUGGUUGACAUGGACAUGGUGGGCCAAAUGGCCUGUUUCCAUUGAACACUCAAUGUUUAAAAUUACAUAGAAAGGAAAGGGGGAAUUUGAAAAUGACAAUUUUUAAAACUGAGGCUUUGCUUAACCAGGGUAAAGGUAGCAAAAGGAGUGGUUUUGGAUGAACAGUGAUUAGCAUUCAAGACUCAGGCAGCUGAGUUUUGCUAGACCUCAGGUUUGAGGAUUGUAACUGGUCAGGAGUGCAUCGGAACAGUCACAUUCAGAACAGGGAGAUGGGGUUUCUGAAACAGAUGAGCUGAGGCAAGGUUGAUGCUCUGGAGCUCUUAGAGAUGCAACAGAUGUAUGGCUUGAAGCUCAGCUUAGAGUCAAGUUGUGGGCAGAUGCUUAUUUUAAACAACUACCAUGCAGAGCUUUGGUGCUAAUUGUUUGUGACAGACUGUAUUCCCUAUGAACUUAUUUCCCAAAUAGGAAGAUAUUUUUAAUGGCAUGGAAAAGUUUGUAUCGUUAUUGUACUCAUUGCCCUUCUGUGAGUCAUAUGACCCAGUGACAGUCAAUUUUUAUCAUGUGACAGCUAUAGCGAGUGAGACCAUUGAUCUGGGAAUUUGAUACCAAUCUAUCCUUCUAUUAAUUCAAUGGUUUAGAACGUUACUGGGUAUGAUAUAUCCUACCCUUUUGUGAGGUAAUAUACUUUAAAGGUGCCAUGCACAAUUUUCUGAGCUAGUACAGCAGUGCUGCCCACUUACACCUCCUUCUGCCUCCCUACCUUCACUUCCACACCAAGGAAAGGAGCUGGCAGCUACAUUCUUAGAUGGAAUUGUCACUGAUGCAACUUCAGUGCUUUGAAAGCCUAAUAGUAAGUAUGCUUGGUUCAUCAUUAGUGUGUCAGAGAUUCAUUCACUUCACUAACAGCAUUCAAGCCUUAUGCCAAAUGUUGGAAUCAUUAGGCUUUAGUUGAAGACACUGUGGUGUUGCACUCCCUAAAGUGAAGGUGUGAACUUAAUUCCCAGUCCUGUUGGAGCACUGUAUAGUUGGAGGUAUCAGAGAUUAAGCUGGUCCCAUCUGCCUUUACCAAUGAUCUGGCUAGGUGUUGAAGGCUCCAUGACACUAUAUGGAAUUGGACAUUUGAACUGAAAACUGAGAUUGGUAGAUUCUGUUCAGCCAAGAUAUUGAAAGUAGUAGAGCUGGUGGAUAAACAGGGUAUGAUGGAUAUGGAUUGGAUGUGGGCUCACAGCAUGACGUAAUGAUUUCAAGGCGAUGAAUUCUUGUCCCUGUAUUGCUGUGCUUUGGUUCUGGCAAAAUUGUUACCUGCAUCCAUUGAUGGUUUAUCACUUCUUGUGCUGGACCCUAACUUGUUGAGUGCCCAGUGAGGUAAAGGGCAGCCAUGGAGGCUUGGACUUAACUCUGCCACUGGCAAAAGAAAGCAGGUAGGCAGUUCCUGGAGCUAUGCCUUUGGGAGUCGGUCUGACAACUGGUGGAAAUAUGUAAAUAAAUUCACUAAUUAAGAUAAAUGAAUGUUAUUUUCUUUAAUUAAUGCUUCAUAUUAACUGGUAAAAUAAUAGGACCAACAUCUGUAAUUCUAACUGGGGGAUUAGUAAUUUCUAAUGGAGAAACUCAAGAGAUUUCUGCCUCAAUUUGAAUGAAUCAUCUUCAUCAACUCGGAUCAUCAGGCACACUAAUGUACUAUAUUGUAUUUGAUUUAUAAAUAAAAAUCUGGCCUUCGCAACCUCUUCCUAAUAAAGUAUUACAAAGAUUAUCAAA